UUCUGUGCAGAACUCUUUACUGGACCAUUCUUUGGUGGUGGAUAGCGAAUUUUCCCAGCAUGAGCGUGAAAGGCGCGAGGAAAGAUGAAAUCCUGAAGGGAUUCAAACUAAAUUGGAUGAAUCUGCGAGAUGCUGACUCUGGGAAGGUGUUGUGGCAAGGCAGUGAUGACUUGUCGGUUCCUGACCAAGAACAUGAAGCAAGAGUACCAAAAAAGAUCUUAAAAUGCAAGGCUGUAUCUAGGGAACUUAACUUUUCUUCUGAACAAGAAAUGACAAAAUUCAGACUUGAACAAAAAGUUCUGUUCAAAGGGAAGUGCUUAGAAGGUAAGAAAGUAAAAUUUGCUUAUUUUAUUAACAAUAUUCAUCUGGUAGUGUUUGUUACUUGGGCAAUAACUUUGUUAUUAACCUGGAAAUUCUUUAUUGGUAAGUUAUAAUUUUGAUCUACCUGUAUUGUCGAAAAAUUGCUUAAAUACAUUCAUGUUAACCGAUAAACGGUGACAAGUGAAAU